AUGGCGCCACACCUCUCUCGCAUAUCAACACAAUGCACGCGCUGUCUCCGCCUCCGCCCCGCCGCUCUCCAACGUCCUCUCCCAACUACAACAAUUCGCACACUAUCCAAUCACCCACGGCAUUAUGCCACUCCUGCGCCUGAACAAACAGGCACGCGCCUCAUCCCCACUGAUCCGUCUUUCAGCAAUCCAGUCGACCCAGAGAAUCCACAACACAUGAACAUUGCCCCCGAUGACGCCGAGACGGUCGAGGACCGCAAGAUUCGUCACUACACUGUCAAUUUUGGGCCGCAACAUCCCGCCGCACAUGGCGUAUUACGGCUGAUUCUCGAACUGAACGGGGAGGAGAUCGUAAGGGCAGACCCGCACGUGGGACUCUUACAUCGAGGGACGGAGAAAUUGAUUGAAUACAAGACAUACCUUCAAGCACUGCCAUAUUUCGACAGAUUGGACUACGUGAGUAUGAUGACGAACGAGCAAUGCUUCAGUCUGGCGGUCGAGAAGCUUCUGAACAUCGAGAUUCCAGAACGGGCGAAAUGGAUACGGACGCUCUUUGGGGAAAUUACUCGAGUUUUGAACCAUUUGAUGAGUGUGCUGAGCCAUGCUAUGGAUGUGGGGGCUCUGACGCCAUUUCUGUGGGGGUUUGAGGAAAGGGAGAAAUUGAUGGAGUUUUAUGAGCGGGUGAGCGGGGCUAGAUUGCAUGCUGCGUAUGUGAGGCCUGGUGGUGUGCAUUCGGAUCUGCCACUGGGAUUAUUGGACGACAUUUAUCAGUGGGCGACGCAGUUUGGGGACAGAAUCGAUGAGACGGAGGAGCUGCUCACAGAUAACAGGAUAUGGAUCGGGAGGACUAAGGAUGUUGGAGUUGUGUCUGCUGCCGAUGCGCUGAAUUAUUCAUUUUCUGGGGUGAUGCUUCGUGGAUCAGGCGUGCCAUGGGAUGUGAGAAAAAGCCAGCCUUACGAUGCCUAUGACCAAGUCGACUUUGAUGUUCCCGUUGGGGUAAAUGGAGAUUGCUAUGACAGGUAUUUGUGCCGGAUGGAGGAAUUCAGGCAGAGUUUGAGAAUCAUUCAUCAGUGUUUAAACAAAAUGCCACCGGGACCGGUUAGGGUUGAAGAUUAUAAAAUUUCACCACCGCCUCGAGCGGCGAUGAAGGAGAACAUGGAGGCGCUGAUCCAUCACUUUUUACUCUUCACUAAAGGUUACACAGUCCCACCAGGCGAGACAUACUCGGCUAUCGAGGCGCCGAAGGGGGAGAUGGGUGUCUAUGUCGUUAGCGAUGGUAGUGAGCGGCCGUACAGGUGCAAGAUCCGAGCACCUGGAUUCGCACAUUUGGGCAGCUUUGACCAAGUAUCAAGAGGGCAUCUGCUUGCGGAUGCUGUUGCGAUUAUCGGGACAAUGGACUUGGUAUUCGGUGAAGUAGACAGAUAA